CGCAAUUUAGUAGCUGCUAACCGAGCGCCGAGAUUAGAUCGCGCGGGAAACGAAACUCGUUAAUUUAUCGUGACACUAUUAGUUCGCCUUCCAUCGGCCGAUCGUCGCACGGGCCACUGGAAGAAAGUCGUGACGAUACGAUUAGCGAUUGACAUUCUUUUCAGAAUACACUUGAAGCGUGUACGGGAGAGUUUUGACUCGUUUCUAGUCUGGGUUGUAGUUCUUUGCGUAAACACCGCACGAUCCAGUGGCAGUUAGUUCGCUUUUAGUGGAAACAUAGGAACCAAAAACUCACGUGUAAAAUGCAGUUUCGUUUUUUUCUUCAGUUUUUAGUGGUUUCAUUAUUUGUGAAUUUUAGCAACGCUCAAGAAAGUCCGGAAACACCAGCAGAAAGUGUAGGGGUGAAAGGAAAUCCGUUUCUGGAAUGGCUCGAGCUGCUCACCGGAAUACAGCGUCCCUCGCCGCCCUUGAUGCCAGCCGAGAAUUGCACAGAGUGUAAAUGUGGUAGAACAAAUCAGGUUAACAGAAUCGUGGGCGGUAUGGAAACGCGGGUCAACCAGUAUCCUUGGAUGGCCAUUCUGAAGUACGGAGACUCGUUCUACUGUGGUGGAACUCUAAUCUCCGAUCGACACGUGAUGACUGCAGCGCACUGCGUCCAUGGCUUCAACAAGGCACGAAUCAGUGUAACCAUGCUGGAUCACGAUCGAUCUAGCGAUUCGGAGGCGGAGACAAUCACUUCGAAGGUGCAGCACAUCUACAAGCACAGUGGCUACAGUCCGCUGAAUUAUGAUAACGACAUUGCAAUUUUGCGUUUGGAGCAGGUACUAGAGAUGAACGAUAGGUUGCGUCCGGUGUGUCAACCAAGUUCGGGGGAAUCAUACGCGGGAUAUGAUGGUAUAGCAACGGGUUGGGGAACAACCUCGCAGGGCGGUCAGGUGUCAUCCACUUUGCAGGAGGUUUCCGUACCGAUAAUGACCAACGAGGACUGCAAAAAAUCGGCUUAUGGGGAAAAGCGUAUCACCGAAAAUAUGAUGUGUGCCGGGCUACCUGAUGGUGGUAAGGAUUCCUGUCAAGGGGACAGCGGUGGACCGUUGCACGUCAUCAGCAAAGAGAUGGAGGCGGACAACGUACACCAACUGGUCGGUGUUGUGUCCUGGGGUGAAGGUUGUGCCAAACCAGACUAUCCGGGCGUCUACAGCCGGGUCAACCGGUACGAGUCAUGGAUCCGAAGCAACACCAUCGAUGGUUGCUACUGUACACCGUAGAUCAUCCGCAUGAUCCGCACGGAUUGUUCGGGGCAAAGUAGUUCGCAUUUAAUCAAAGACAUAAAUAGUGUGCAAUAUUCGUUCUAAUCAUUGUAUUAAAAGCAACGUAAUCGUCAAAAUAACUGCAAUAAACAACACAACUCAA